CUCUUAGCCUCAUCUGAGUGUUUAGCUGUUGUUUCUGUGCUCUGACCUAUUUGAAUGACAGCAGGUCUUUGGAUAACACCUUCAGUAAGAGAGACCCAAGAGGCUCCUGGAGCUUUUGAACACAGGGAGCCCUCUGACUCACAGAAUGGUGAAGGAAGGGCAACCUCAAGGUAGAGAAAACGAAGUAUGGUGGUUUCAAGUGAGGGUCUGGUCUGUUGCUGUGAUUUCCAUAGCAUUCCUCAGUGCUUGCUUCAUUGGGAGCUGUGUGGUGAAUUUUCAUUUUAUACAUGGCAAAACUGACGAAAGGCUGUCUGAACUACGCACAUAUAAUUCAGGAUUAACUUGCUUCAGUGAAGGGACAAGCAUGACAGAGAAAUACUGGAGCUGCUGCCCACAGAGUUGGAAGUCAUUCAGUUUGAACUGCUACUUUAUUUCUAAUGACACCAAAACUUGGACUGAGAGUAAAAACAGCUGCUCAGCAAUGAAUUCUCACCUGCUGGUGACCAACACCAAGGAGGAGCAGGAUUUUAUCAUUCAGAACCUGGAUAAAAGCAGUGCUUAUUAUGUGGGGCUGUCAGACCCAGAGGGGAAUGGAGACUGGCAAUGGGUUGAUCAGACACCAUACAAUGCAAGUGCCACAUUCUGGCAUCCAGGUGAACCCAAUUAUCAGUGGGAGCGCUGUGUUAUGCUGAAUAAUCCUUCACGGAGAUCGUGGGGCUUGAAUGAUGUUACUUGUGAGACACCUCAAAGGUCAAUUUGCAAGAUGAUGAAGAUCCACUUAUGAGUGGGAAAUUCUCCAUGAACAUGCGGUUGAAUUAGUAGCCACCAAUAAAGAGUUAAAUAAUUUUCUUUUUA